AUGAAUACAGCUAGCAAUCCUGACAUAAAUAUCCGUUUUGUGGAUGCUAGAUAUGCUGGUUCUACACAUGAUGCUCUCGUGUGGAACAAUAUUUCAUUAACGACUUAUUUGGAGAAUAUUUUUUUAGGAGACUCCGGAUACCCGCUUAGUCCUUAUUUACUAACACCCUUCCGCCAUGCAGAGUCUGGAACUAGGGAGGCAAUUUUUAACAAGAUACACGCGAAAGCUAGAAACGUUGUUGAACGUACGAUUGGAUUUUUAAAGUGCCGCUUUCGAUGUCUCCUGAGUGAUCGAAAAAUGCAUUACGAUCCUGCUAAAGCAACAUCCAUUAUAAAUAUUUGUUGCGCUUUCCACAAUAUUUGUAAGAAAUUUAGAAUCAGUGAUCCAGAUGAAGCUGAAAUUUUUAUUGACACCGUUGAAUCAUCAGAGCCAAUCAGUGAAGAUGCCAAAAAUACAUCAGGAGAGCGCCGCAGAAGGCAAAUAGCUGAUGCUUUGUUGUAAAAUUAA